AUGAGUUCCAACUCGACUGUAACCAAGAACCGCGCCCUAUGGCUCUCCUCGUUCGACAAGCCUUUGGAGCUUGUUGACCUCCCCGUCCCCGAGGCAACAGCUGGAUCAGUCGUUGUCAAGGUCCUCAACACGGUCGUGUUCCCUUACGCCGAAGACAUCCACCAGGGGAGGCUCCCUGUCUUCAACCUCUCUCUUCCUCUGGUGCCCCAUCCAAGCCAUAUCGGCCGGGUGCACGCCGUCGGAUCAGAUGCAGUCCUCGCCAAGCCUGGCGACCUCGUCUUCUUCUCGGCUCCCAUCUUUGCCCGAGAUGACCCUGACGUCAACAUUAUUCAGGGCCACCACGGCGGAGAGGGGCCGCGAGGCCGUAGGCUCAUGCAGGGAGAGUGGCGAGACGGCGCCUUGCAGGAGUAUCAAAAGGUUCCGCUUGAGAACAUCUUUAUAUUGAACGAGGAUCGGCUGUGCAAGCAGCUCGGUUACACACCCGCGGAUCUUCACGAGAUUUCUUUCUACACCAUCGCUGCUGGAGCGUUAUGCGAAGCUGCCAACCUCCAAGCAGGUGAAACGAUUGCACUUGGACCAGCCACUGGAACCUUUGGCGGCAUCACCUCUGAUAUGGCACUCGCCCUGGGCGCCAACGUCAUUGCCAUUGGUCGCAGUGAGGAAAAGCUCGCUGGCCUGGCGAAGCAGCUCGGCAACCAUGAGCGAUUUAGUUAUGUUGUCAUGACUGGCGAUGAUGAAGUCGACGCGGCAGCAAUCCGCAAGGCCACCCCUGAUGGACGCGGCGUCGAGGUAUACAACGACUGGGCAUCGGGCGCUCUGACGGGCUCCCCAUACUUCUCGGCCGCCAUACGCGCUGUGCGGCCAGAAGGGCGGGUUGUCCUCAGCGGCGCACCGUCUGGGUCCAUCUCUGUGCCAUAUACGCUUGUGAUGCACCAAAACAUCAAGAUCAUAGGCAAGGUCAUAGUCUCACGGGGAGGGAUCGACUUGACCAUCAAGAUGGUGAACUCGGGGAUCCUCAAGCUCGGCAAGCGUGGGGGUUCGGCGCACAAGGUGUACAGCUUGGAGGAUCACCAUGCGGCCUUUCAGGACGCCAAGAAGAACAGUGGCUUCAGAGUCUACACCGACAUUGCUCCUAACCCAUGGUAG